UUUCUAUCACGUAAUCGGCACAAAGCUCAGUUAGCGGCCAUUUCACUUCUUGUUUUACCCUGCAACAAGCACAAUGAGUCUCUCAUCCGAAGUACAAGCGACCGACGAGCAGUUCCUAACUGAGAUUCUGUCACUACUUGACGUUGACGAAGGACGCCUCCCACUGAGUGGAGACCUGCCGCAACCAAAGCUGAGAAAGCUACGUCCUCACCCUGAAAGUGACAUAGUCGUCAGGCCGAAACGGAUCCGAAAGGAACCCACACCUCGCGUGAGAAACAAAGCCAAGAUCGAGCUCUUGCGCCACGAGGUUAAAGGCCUGGAAGCGGUGCUCGCAAGCCUACAGAACUCAAGCCGGGGAGCUACAACCGUUGAACGCCGCCGUGCUGCAUCGUUAUGGAGGAUCAUCGCUAUGAAGCAGAGCCACGAGCGCCAGCUUGCGGAGCAACGCAACAUGGGGCUGAGACGUAUGCUCUUCGAACAGUUUUCUCUUACGAGGUCACUCACACACGUGCUCGACGAAUGGACAAAUCUACCUUCCACAGACUUAAGUCUAAGUGCCAGCCAUUGCUUUUGUACAUGUUUGAAAUAACAGAUUAAUCAGAAUAUUCAUGCAUUGUUAGAUAAGACAAUGAUCUCCCUCCCUCCAAGACAAGCAAGAGAUCAAAUGAAAACCUCCGUCUAGGGGCUAUCCUCAAAAUCAAUAGCAGCAAUUCUCAUCAAUUACUCUA